GCGUUUUAUAGAUUGUAUCAGUGCGUUGCAACUGAUAAGAUUUCACAAAAUAGUUUUUUAAUGCGCGCGCAUACGCCUGCGUCAAAAAAUAUAGAUAAAAAGAAUCUCCUAAAAUGUUUGAUUGGAGAGUCACUCUUUGGCAAAAGAGAUCUCAUCAAACUCCAAAAGCUGCUUGGUCAAUUUCCAAUCCGUGUUUUUGUACAUUUCCAGCCCUUCUGGCUCACUUCUCCACUUCCAUCUUUCUGCAGUUGCAGCAUCCAGAUGGCCCUCUAACAUCUCCAAUAUAUAGACCCCGAUAUUCGGAAGAAACUUAAAUCCGUGGCCAGAGUCUCCAGACGCAAGAUAUACGUUGGAGUGGCCAGGGACCUUGUCUAUGAUGAAGUCUGAGUUUGAACUAUCUGCAAUCCAGCAAGUUCUGCUCCCCAUAAAAGGUUUGGUAGCCAGUUCGGGAAAGUACUUGGUCAGCAGCUCGCGGGCAUGGGAAAGGCAAGACUCCGGAAUUGUAUCCUUUGGCAUGUCGCAUUUGUAGCGCGGCAACGGCAAUGUGCCUGUGGCGUGAGGAUUUGCCACCGUGUUAACUGCUGCCGUGCCAGAUAUGCAGAUCUUCAUUAGCCCGGUUUCCUUAUCAGGCGGGAAAAAAUACCCAAGACCCGCGUCGAAAAUCACCGGGAUAUCCUGCACUUUUGCAGCCUCGUCAGGAGUCAGCUGAAUAUGAGUGACAAAGAGCCCAGUGGCCGAUUGCACGCCAGCAACGUUGAUAACAAAUCCAGAGCUCGCACCACACGCAACAAGAAUUUUGUCUGCAGUGUAGCUGGCUCCAGAUUUGACAGUUACAGUGGGCUUGCCAUCGGUCUCCUCUAUUCCGACGGCCUCUCCGGCCUCACCAAAAACAAAGUGCACUCCGCACCGAACAGCUUUUCUCCAAGCUGCUUUUAGAGCGUUAGAAGAAUGUGCGUAUCCGGCCCUGCCGUUGUAAACAUAAGCAUUCUCGGAUGAGAACUCGCAGUCUCUCAGAGAGGGCAGGUCCCGUUUCAGAGAUUCGGCGUUGUCGUACCGGGUAAUCUUAUCAGCCUUGCCCAGCUCACUAAGAACACCGAUACUGAUAUCGUCAAAUCUUCGUCUGUUGGUGUUGGAUUUUGGGCACACAGACAAUCUGCCGCACUCAAAGUAAGUCUCUGAAUACUCUGGAUCGGAUUUCCAGGCUUCAAUUGCAUCAAGACUCAUCCUGGCGUAGAAGUCGGAGUCGUACUCGCUCCGAAUAAUCUUGUUGAUAUCGCAUGCGGCAGAGUACGGAGAUGGUACGGUGUGUUUAUCAAUCACAGUAGCUAAAUAUCCCUUAUUUUGCGCUUGAAUGGCCGUCGAAAGCCCAAAAACGCCAGCCCCGAUAAUCAACAGCGACAUGAUCGGAUACGAAGAAUUGGUAGCUUGAGCUUUCUUUUUUGUAGCCAAGUUGGGUGGCACACGACGCGGGCGGCAAAGACGGCCAGAGGUACCAAAGUUUUUCCCCAGAUUUAUUCAAGUACCGAAAAAAGUAGCAGACAUGAACAUUAUCGGAAAUUACGACAAGCUGCCCACCGAGGCUCCUCAAUUGCCUUCCAACGUUUUCAGCCUGUUCUCUCUGAAAGGCAAGGUGGCCAGCAUUACGGGUGGCUCGACGGGAAUUGGGUUAGCUGUGGCAGAAGCGUAUGCUCAGGCGGGCGCAGACGUGGCCAUCUGGUACAACAGCACAAACGCUGACCACGAGGCUGACAGGCUGUCCAAGACGUACGGUAUCCGUUGCAAGGCCUACAAGUGCGCAGUCGGCGACUUUGACCUGGUCAGGGCCACGAUCGAUGCUAUUGAGUCUGACUUUGGCACGAUUCACAUUUUCGUUGCAAAUGCGGGGAUUGGCUCCCAAUCGGUGCCUGUGAUCGAUGCGUCGCUGGAAAAAUACCGGGCAAUCAUGAACACGAAUUUGGACGGCGUGUACUACUGCGCCAAGUGCGUGGGCCCAAUUUUCAAGAAGCACGGCAAGGGUUCCUUUAUCAUCACCACGUCCCAGGCGGCCCAUAUUGUCACGGCGCACGUGUGGCAAGCAGCUUACAACGCAAGCAAGGCAGCGUGCAUCCAGAUUGCCAAAAGUCUGGCAAUGGAAUGGGUCGGUUUCGCCCGUGUCAAUACGAUCUCUCCAGGGUACAUUGUCACCCCGAUCUCCAAGGAUGUGCCUGACGAGGAGAAAGUCAAGUGGUGCACGCUGAUCCCAAUGGGCAGAGAGGGGCUUCCUCAAGAGCUUGUGGGUGCAUACUUGUACUUUGCUUCGGACGCCUCAACCUUCACCACCGGCGCUGAUCUCAUCGUUGACGGUGGUUAUUGCUGCCCAUAAAUGUGCGGAAAUGGCUAAACUUUUUUUUUCAUGUUGAAAAAAUAUGGAUAUGAAGAAAAACAGCAAAAACGUGUAAUCCGGAGUAAAAGACCAAGUCCUGUAUCACCUAAACUGCCCGACCUGAACCCUUCACUUCGCCCGGGCCUAGCAGUGGUGUUCAUCGGCUACAACCCCUCGAUCCGCUCCUCGUCCUUGCAGCAUCAUUACGCACACCCCACUAACCUGUUUUGGAAAUUAUUUAACGAGUCGGGAAUAUUGAGCAUCGUGACUAAUGGGGCACACUCUCACCCCUGCGCCGCCAAGGACGACUGGGAUCUGCUCCAAUACGGCAUCGGGUUCACGGAUCUGGUGCUCCGCCCCACGCAGAACGCGGGGCAACUGACUAAAACGGAAAUGGCCCACAACGUACCGAGACUGUGUGCCGAACUCAGGAGCAACCAGCCCGCCGUGGCCUGUUUCGUGGGGAAGGGAAUUUGGGAGCAGGUGUGCAAGACGCUGGGCUACAAAGACGCCUUGAAGAGCUUUAGCUGGGGACGGCAGCCCCUCGAUCUCGAGGGCUGCACUAUCUUUGUGAUACCUAGCACCUCCGGCCUCGUCACCAUCAGCUACAAAGAAAAGCUCACGCGGUGGCUCGAGUUGGGUGCUUAUGUCAGCAACCUCGGGGUUGAUAAGACCGCAAAAACUUUUGGUGUCUGGGGUAAAACUCGCGGAGCGCAGAGUACCUGUGAAGAGUAUAAAAAGAAGCCGUUGUUUCUGGAUGCAGGAGACGCUGGGAUGGUUCGGCACGUGAGCGGCAAGGACAUCGAUCAUUUGGUUGACGUUUUGGUUCGUCUUCACGAUCAGAAAAGCUCAGGACAGCGUGUUAUUGUUGCCGUGUGCGGUGCGCCGGGCAGUGGCAAGUCCUUGAUCACAAAUAAGGUGGUUAACCGUCUGAAUGAGCGCUUUGGCAAGCAGAUUGGCGUUGUGGUCCCCCAGGACGGGUUCCACUACUACAUGAAAGAAUUGUUGCAGAUGGACGAUCCGGACACCAUGGUUGCUCGACGGGGUGCAGAUUUUACGUUCAAUGCUGAAGGGCUGGUUGAUUUAGUGAGGCGGAUUAGAGAGCGUCCCGAGGAGGAAAUAUAUGCGCCGAGCUUUGACCACAAAAUCAAGGAUCCAGUGGAAGAGUCGAUUGUGAUUCGUUCGGAAAACGAGAUCGUUAUUAUCGAAGGCAAUUACGUUUGUCUAGACAAGGAACCGUGGAGCAAGAUCCGGCAACUUGUGGACGCGAGCUGGAUGGUCGUUGCGCGGCCCGAGCUGAUUCGGGAGAGAAUUGUGCGGCGGCAUUUGGAGGCCGGGAUCAGCAAGACUAGAGAGGAGGCAGAGAAGCGGGCCGACGAAAACGAUAUGGUUAACGGGAAGUAUGUGAUAGAACACUCACGUGGGAUCGAUUUGGCGAUCGAUAAUGAAUAGCAUAUAAAUAGAAAAUAUAUAAUGCGCACAAGCGAAAACUACAGACGCGACGACGCAAAGUCAAGACUUGUGGUAGCAGAAAGAAUAACCUGGCUUUGCACACAGAACGAAAUUCUCGAUCGAUUGAGUCAUCGGUGUUCUCUUUGAGGCUAGUCCACCGCAGAGCUCGUGUACAAUUGCAAAAGCAAACGUCCAGUCAAUAGAAAAUUCCUCUCUUUAAAAUCGAUAACACCGUUACAGCAUAUGGAUAUCCGCGAACAGGACCGGUGGCUGCCCAUAGCCAACGUUGGCCGCGUGAUGCGACAGGCUCUUCCACCUCACGGAAAGCUCUCGAAAGAAGCAAAACAGUGCAUGCAGGAGUGUGUGUCUGAAUUUAUCUCCUUCAUCACCUCCCAGGCAGCUGAAAAAUGUUCGUUGGAGAAGAGGAAAACGCUCAAUGGUGAGGACAUACUGUUUUCAAUGUACUCUCUUGGGUUUGAGAACUACGCGGAAACACUGAAAAUAUAUCUUGCCAAGUACCGCCAGUACGAGCUUUUGGAGAGCGAAGCCCGAAGAGAGAAGUACCGACAGCGAAAAGGGCCAGCAGUAGAGGCUGAUGACGACAACGGAAGCGACGCCGAAGGUGAUGAGGAGCGCGGCGGCGACGCCGAAGGCGACUUCCUCAACUAUGAGAACGAGCUUGGCUUCGAAGGGUGGUAGCUAUGCGGCUUUAGCCCUAAAAUAAUUAAUCUUCAUCGAUCCCGUAUAAAUUCAUGAGACUGUUGAUAUUUGCUCUCCUUGCAUGGCUGUGUCACUGUACAGAGCUGGUCAACUUGGUGCUGGAGCUUGAGGACAAUCAGGAUCAGCGCCAGUUUAUCGAAAGAUACCGUCCGUUGCUUUCUGAAUCGUACAAAUGCUUUGAUCUGGGGAAAAUAAAGCUGUGCCACGGCGCUUUCAAUCUCAACUUCGUCAAGUCCGCGUACUUCGACAAGGCCGUCAAGCGGAUCAGUCUGGACCGCACCGUGCAGGUCUCCGAUGUGGAAGAGUUUGCGCCCAAACACCUGGUGCGCAUAUCUCAACUGGGAACUGUCAACCGCCGCCAGCUGAUGGACUACACUUACGAGCCCGGCGCAGGGUCCAACGUGAGCGCAUACAUCGUCGACACGGGCAUCAAGACCGACCAUCCAGACUUCAACGCCAGAGCGAGGCUGGGGGCCAGUUUGGUCCAGGACAACUUGUACGGCGACCCCAACGGCCACGGCACGGCGGUUGCGGGCAUCAUUGGCUCCGAAACGUUCGGUGUUAGCAAACAGUGUGUUCUGGUGGACUACCGUGUUUUCAACGAGAGCGGCACGGCCCAGCUGUCGACAGUACUGGAAGCACUGAAGCUGAUUCACGACCACGAGACGCCUGGCGUCGUGCUGCUGGCGAUGAUCUCCGAGCGCAACGAGAUCUUCCACUCUGCGCUUUCGCAACUGGCAAACCGCGGUUUUGCGAUAGUCUCUGCCGCGGGAAACUUCAACAGCAGCGCGUGUCUCUAUUCCCCGGCGGCAUUCGAGUCAGGGCUCACCGUUGGGUCGAUAGAGACGCACGGCGACAACUUGGGUUUUUUCACAAACUGGGGAGACUGCGUCGACGUGUUCGGCGACGGCAUCAACGUGGCCACGCUGUCGCCGAUGGCCGAGAGGGUGACCCAAAAAUCGGGCACUUCGAUGUCGGCCGCCAUAGCAGCAGGCCUGGUGGCCACGUAUAUGUCAAUGAACGAUACCAGCGUCGAGGCUCUUGCGAAAGUGUGCAACCUGGCAGAAUCAGGCAGCAUCCCAGCACACAAUUUUAUGUAUCGGCCAGGAACGCCGAACCGGAUCCUCAACAAUUAUGGUGGAAAACUGGGCCAGAUCCUCAAUAGCUAGAAUUCCAUCUCAGUAUCAAUGGCACGGCGGCGGCAGAUCGGACAGCUGUUGUCUGUAAGUAGCCACUGGUCAACACAGUCUUUGUGGAACUCAUGCGCGCACUGUAAACGGCGGCCCUGCUCGCCCACUUCGUAGUCGACCAGACAUAUCGGACACCUGUCGAGCGGAGUUUGGAUGUGGAAGAUGGACUCUGUGUGACCGUCCAGAACGGACUGCGAGAGCUUGUUUCCGCGGAAUAUCCGAUAAAGCGAGUCUCUGAAGGUGCUGAUCCUCGUGUCAGAAUUGUCGUCGUGCUGGGCCAGUGUCAUGUUGCUGGUGCUGGCCACAUAGCUGGCCAGAAGUCCUAUAAAGAUGGCCAUGGAGCUUAGAACCGGGUCUGAGGCCGAGUAAUGGUGUGCCAUCACAAUGAUCACCCAUGAUCGAUAGUGCUCCGAUUGCGCCUGAGGAACAUUGAGGCCUACCACUCCGACUAUCAGAACAGGCACCAGACGCUCAAAUUCGUGCAAAGACGAGUUGUAGCCCAGAUGGGAGCUGUUGUCAAAUCUGAACGCUCUGAAGAAACUCAAUGUGCGGCCGAGCUCCAUCUGGUUUCCCAGAGCAUGCUGCAAAAGAUCCUCGGUGGUGAGUCUAUGGACGAAGCUGGCGAAGUCGGUGUCCAUGCUUCCGUCCAGAUUGUCCUCCGGAUAUAUCCUUUCGCCCACGUAGUCAACGUUGACGUUUAUAAGGCGUCUCAGGGUGUUCAUGGUGACUGUUUCGAGCAAACUUGACAAUGAUCUAAAUUGAGACGUGAGUAACUCGUUUUGUUCGGGCUCGUCAGAAGACUCUGCCACAGACCCGCUAGACGCGUUGAUGUUGGACGAAACGCUGCGCAGCGCAUCCACAGACGACUGGGCCGGCGACAAAAGACUUCUACUCACCAUUCGGGUCGGCUCCGAUAGUGUUUCAGGGGCCCGCCUUCGUCUCAGCAACCCUGUGAAUUUGCGCCAUUUGCGUGGGGACGAGGCAGCUGUGGAAUGCAAAAAACCAGACUUUUGGGACGCACUGGACCGUGUGGUUUGCGCGUCCGAGUCGCGGCACGGAGAGCUAUAACUGCGCGAAAUUUGUUGUCCCAUCUUAACCACUUAUCUGAUUCUGG